AUGUUGCGUCAAGUUCGUCAGUUUCAUGCCACCGGCAGAAAGUUUGAUUUUUCCAAGAUGACGAUAAUUGGUCGUAUUGGUUCUGAAAUUACGGAAUAUACGAGUGUUAAUGAAAAGAGGUAUGUGAAGUAUUCAAUUGCUUCGCAGCCCAGGAAGGAAGGACCAACAAAUUGGUACAAUGUCACUGUCUUUAAUGAUCCUCAGAUGAAUUUCUUGACCCAAUAUGUCAGAAAAGGAGCUCUGGUCUAUAUCGAAGCAGAUGCUUCCAAUAAUUUCUACGAGAGGGAGGACGGUUCAAAGGGCUACUCUUUGUCUCUCAUUCAAAGGGAUAUUAACUUGCUUAAAAACGGCAAGGGAGCAGAGCCUGCCGAGUCUGCUGAAGAGCCUACUAACACGGAUUAA